UUUAAACUAAGUCUUAGAAUUAUCUAAGGAAAUAACUUGAAAGAUGUCGCUUUGAAAGAACGAAAAAGGCAGGCAAAUUUCAGUAAAAGUGCUAGUAGACUACCGAGCAUGGAUACAAAAACAGGCAUUAAAUAUAAAGCAUUUUCAAAUUGAAAACUUGAAGAAAAAAACAUUUCAUGUAAUACAUGUUAUAUGUUGCUGCUAAUUUUUUAGCUUUAGUAGCAAAACCCACAGAAGAAGACAAGACGGGGGAACCAGUUGAAGUGGAAGAGAACCAGUCAGUGGAGGACCAGUUAACAGCAACUGAUAAAAGAGCAACCCCAAAGAAAGAGAAAUCACCAACAGGAGGGCCCCGUACCCCCAAACCGGAGGACUUCGGACUGAGUAGUCUAACACUGAGUGCUUGUAAACGACCGGAAAAAACACAGGUGUUAAACUCUCACAGAAAAACACCCAAAAAAGAUUCUGUGCCUCCUGCUGAAGCCCCCCAAGAAGAACCCCUCCCUGGGCCCCGCACCCCUAAACCAGAGGAUUUCGGACUGAGCAGCCUCGUGCUGAGUGCCUGUAAACAUCAAGACAGAACGCAGGUGUUCAGUUACCCAGACACAACCUCUCACAGGAGUAAGUUGGACUCGGUCCCGGACAUCUUUCAACAUGAUGGCAUCCAAGUAACACCAAGUUUUCUUGGAGGAAAGCAUGCCAGCCCAGGAUGGAAACAAGAUUUUACAGAUAAAAAGUUUCUGGUCCCAAAAGUCAAGGACGGAGCACUGAGGAUGAGGGGGAAGGAGAAUUUUGACCAGAGUUCAAGCCCAGCCCCUCGAUUUGGUUCAGUGAAUAUGAAAAUUGGAAAGGAGUUGAGUGAUAUAACUGGAAUACACAGACUUCCCAACACCCCAGAACUUACCAUACCCAGGAAUUAUUCAGCGUUCCGCCCCCCACCUGACACCCCUGAAAUGAUGUCCACCAAGACAGAGCUGAGAAGUCGCCCUCUACCGGAUACCCCAGAACUGGCCUCAUCUAAAACACUGAUGAACUGCAGACCUCCACCGGACACCCCAGAACUGGCCUCAACCAAGACAUCUUAUCACACCCCUGAGACUCCAGUCUUUCUCAAACAGUACAAGGCAACAGAGGGUAGUUAUACUAGUGCUGUGUGGAAACCUCCCAUAAUGCCUCAGGAACCACAAAAUAAGGGUCGCACAGAAGCUUUGAAAGAAAUGCCACAGAUGCCCAAACUAAAGGGACUAUACAGCUAUCUCUCCGAUGUUAACUGAUGAAUAUGGCUUUAUUUUGUGUAUUUAUAACUGAUUUAUUUGGAAGUAAUUAUAUCCCUGGUUCAAAGAAAGGGGGGGGGUGUACUGUUUUACCCUUGUGUGUCUUUCUGUUCGUAACAAUUUUUUUGGUCACAGUUUUGUAAGCAACUACUCAUCACAGAUGAUUAAAAUUUUAAUACAAUCUUCUCUGAAGUUGGGAAUCAUUUUUAGCUCACCUGAGCUGAAAGCUCAAGUGAGCUUUUCUGAUCACAUUUUGUCCGGGUUCCGUCUGUCUAGCUGUCCGUCUGUCUGUAAACUUUUCACAUUUUCGACUUCUUUUCAAGAACCGUGGGCCAAUUUCAACCAAACUUGCAACAAAGUAUCCUUGGGUAAAGGGGAUUCAAGUUUUUUCAAAUAAAGGGCCACAUCCUCAUUCAAGGGGAGAUAAUUGGGAAUUAAUGAAAAUUUGGUGGCAUGUUUUAAAAAUCUUCUUCUCAAGGACCACUGUGCCAGGAAAGAUGAAACUUAUGGGGAAACAUCCUCAGGUAUUGAAGAUUCAAGUUUGAUCAAAUCAUGACCCCCGGGGGUAGGGUGGGGCCAAAAUGACUAAAGUUU